UUGUCAGGUUUCAUUGCGGCCGAAGUCAAAUCGGCAACAGGCGAUAAAGUGACAGUAGUGACCGUAAAAGGAAACGAAGUGACAGUGAAAAAGGAUGAAGUUCAAGAGAUGAAUCCACCGAAAUUCAGCAAGACCGAAGAUAUGGCCAAUUUGACGUUCUUGAACGAGGCGUCAGUGUUGAAUAACCUCAAAGAGCGUUACUAUUCGAUGAUGAUUUAUGUUCGUUUCCCAUUACAUCAUCCAUUCUAUCAAUAUCCUUUGCCAUCUUCUAACCACACCUAG